AUGUUAUCAUCGAACGGAAAACCUUUCUCAUUUGAUCAAACCGAGAUCAAUCCUUCCCGGAAAAAGCCAUCAAUCGGUGCAACGAUAGUGGAUGUGCUAGUGUUUUUGUUGGCAUCACUAGGAUACAUACUUCAAGCGUUCUAUUAUACAAUUUUUGGCAUACCCAAAAAAAAUUUGAAUGGUGAGAUAGCUCUCGUGACAGGCGGUGGAGGUGGACUGGGACGGUUGCUCGCUAUGCGACUCAUAAAACUGGGAGUUAAGGUAGUGCUGUGGGAUAUUAAUCAAGAAGGUCUUGACGAAUCUGUGAAAUUAAUACAAUCCCUGGGAGGACUGUGCAAGGGAUACAAAGUCGAUAUCUCUAACAGAGAAGAGGUUUAUAAAAAUGCGAAGAAACUUCAAGAAGACAUUGGUGAUGUAACACUGCUGUUCAAUAAUGCUGGUGUCGUUUCUGGUCGCGCUCUUUUAGACACUCCGGAUCACUUGAUUGAACGAUCUUUUGAUGUGAACGUUCUAGCACACUUCUGGACGACAAAAGCCUUCCUGCCAGCAAUGUUGAAACAUGAUCAUGGUCAUAUAAUUACGAUCGCUUCUCUGGCCGGCCAUGUUGGCAUAUCUAAACUGGUAGACUACUGUUCCAGUAAGUUUGCUGCGGUGGGUUUCGACGAAGCUUUACGAUUGGAACUUGAACAUCUGAGAGCGCAAGGUGUUUUCACAACUGUAAUUUGCCCAUAUUUCAUACAGUCAACAGGCAUGUUCGAUGAUGUCAACUCUAGAUGGGUUCCGACACUUGAUUCAAACGAUGUAGCUGACAAAAUAAUAGAAGGUGUUCAGAGAAACGAAAAAUAUGUUAUAAUUCCUGGUUACCUCAGGGUGAUGCUAGCUAUCAAGUGGAUAUUUCCUUGGGGAUGUAAUUCAGGAUUCCUACGAAGGCUGGUACCGGACGCCGCACCUCAACAUAACAUAAUUCCAAUGGAUAGUUCGGAUUGUGACAAAACGGGAGACACUGCGAAUUCCUCGUUCACAGUAAAUAAUAACACGACGAAGUCAUCUCCACUACUGGUACAUCGACAGUACACGGGCGAACGUGUACUAUAAGUUUUAAGAGAUAAAAGCAUAUAUGUUUCUUCUGACGCAUGUAAGCUGGAGUUCUUAAAAGAAAUCACUGGGCAGUGAUUUGUGUUAAUAGCCUUAAAAAAACUUAUUUGCCAGCAUCUUGCCAUGGUCAAAAAAGCAGGUAAAAAUUCCUUGUGAUUGCUAGCAUUUUGUUAGGCAAACCAUGGGUUAUAAAAUCGGGGGACCAGUACAUGAAGUAUGAUAUGCUGCA